AUGAAUGACCAGAAUAAGGAAGAGACUUCGCGUUACGUAGCUCUCUCCGCCUGCGAUCUCCUCAUCGAUUCUGACUACUCAGAGGAGCACGGUCGUGAUUUACCAUAUUCGAAGAACACCGAACACUGGUCGAAACUGGGCAGUUUGCCUUUCCUUGACAGCUCCCGCUCAACCUUUGUCGCGGCCGAUGUCAACCUCCACCUUGAAACGGGCAUGCAAAUGCUCAUGAAAGGUCAACUUAAUGACGCGCUUUCGCACUAUCAUCUCGCAGUCGAGAGCGAUCCAAAGAACUACUUGACCUAUUUCAAGCGAUCCACCGUCUACCAGGCAAUGGGUCGCUACAAAUCAGCUUUGGAUGAUUUGACUGAGUCGCUCAACUUGAAUCCCGACUUUUCGCCGGCUCGUCUUCAGAAGGCCAUUGUGCUGUAUCGACAGGGAAAUCUCGACGAAGCGCACAUUGAUUUCGAGCACAUCCUUCGCGCUGAUCCGUACCACGCUGAAGCGAAUCAGUACUACGCGCAAAUUGAAACCCUUCGACAAAACAUGUACGCCGCCCAAGACAUGAUCGACUCGCACAACUGGCCAGAGGCUGUUGAUAUCCUUAGCACACUCGUUCAGGAGCUUUACUGGAGCUACAAGUUAAAAGAAAUGCGAGCCUUUGCAUUUGAGCAAAUGGGCGACAUUGUCAGCGCUAUUAACGAUCUUCGAACGCUCACUCGGAUGAAGAGCGAUAACACCGAUGGUUUUUACAAACUCAGCAAAUUGCACUACUCUCUGGGCGAGCCUGAAGAGUCGCUAAACGCCAUCCGUGAAUGCCUGAAGCUGGACCCUGAUCACAAGAAGUGCCAUGAUCACUACAAAAAGGUGAAGAAGCUCGCCAACCUGGUCAAAAGUGCCAGUGAUUACGCUGCCAAAAACGAGUUCGGUGACUGUGUUGAAAAGUCCACGUCUGCACUUAAAGUCGAGUCAAGUGAUCCAAAAAUGGUCUUCCUAAUUAAAUCCAAAAUGUGCCACUGUUUGAACAAGAAUGGAAAUUCAGAUGAUGCCGUAGAAGUGUGCACUGAGGCCCACAAACUUAAUCCAGACGAUCCUUAUGUGUUGUGUGACCGAGCGGACGCGUACAUUAACGCUGAGAGAUUCGAUGAAGCCGCAACUGAUUAUCAGAAGGCUCAUCAAAUUGAUGAGAACAUGACCCGAGCCAAGGAGGGGUACAGCCGAGCCCAGAAACUGAAGAAGCAAUCUAAAAAGCGUGAUUACUACAAAAUUCUUGGCGUUUCUCGAAGUGCUUCGAAGAAGGAGAUUAUGCGAGCCUACCGAAAAUUGGCCAGCAAGUGGCAUCCCGACCAGUAUCAUGGCGAUGAGAAGCAGAAAGCCGAGAAAAUGUUCAUUGAUAUUGCCUCGGCAAAGGAGGUUCUCACUAAUGCAGAGAAGAGGCAAAAGUUUGAUAACGGCGAAGACCCACUUGACCCGGAACAGCAGAAUGGCUUUAGCGGACAAGGAUUCAACCCGUUUGCACAAGGAUUUGAUCCAUUUGGCGGUCGAUAUUCGUUCAAGUUUUCCUUUUAA